UCACUUCGCUCCAAAAGUAAAAAAAAACAGUACUACACUACGUUUCUCUUCUGCGCAGACUCACACACGGAGGAAGGACCAGGACUCUCGUCCGCGGAGGACUUCAACUCUCCUUAAAAAGCUCUUAGGAGCUCAUCACCACCAGUAAAGCUGUAUAAGCACCGGGUUGACGGGACCGAAGGAAGUGGCGCGUCGUACGGGGAGCUGCCUGCUGACAUCGCCAUGAGUUACAAACCCAUUGCUCCUGCGCCAUCUGGCUCCAACCACACUCCUCCAGGCUCUUCUGUGCCCUCUCCAUCUCUCCCCUCGUCGUCCAACUUUAGGCCAGCUUUCAGUGACUUUGGUCCACCCUCCAUGGGCUUUGUUCAGCCUGUCAAAGUGUCUCAAGGGUCCACCUACAGUGAGCUUCUGUCUGUCAUUGAGGAGAUGAGCCGUGAGAUCAGGCCAACAUACGCUGGGAGCAAGAGCGCUAUGGAGAGGCUAAAGAGAGGUAUAAUCCAUGCCCGUGCACUGGUCAGGGAAUGUCUUGCAGAGACGGAAAGAAGCGCCCGCACAUAACCUUUUGGAAAGAUCCCUUCACCCUUCACUGUUUCCCCGUAGAAGUCUGCCCUCAUCAUUGUCUGUUUUACACCAUAUUUUUGUCCUCCCACUUUUUGCGCUUUCCCUACUGGCUUUUUAUAGGUGCAUUAUGUUCUUUCUUGUCUCCACUGUUCCCUGCAUUCCACCACAUCCCGUUUUGUUAAUGAAAAACUUCCUGUGUGUGGGGUGUAUGCAACAUGCAGUUUUGUAUCUACUUUGAAAUAAGAGUGUGGGGAAUUUCAACACAAAUUGAAGUAGAGUUGUGGGUAAAAACCCUGGAUGGAAAUGUUUAUAGUAUUAUUUGUUCAAUAAUGACAGGUGACCAAGAAAAUUGGCUUUUAAAAAAAAAUGGUGAAAUCAAUGUUCAAACUGCAUUUGUCCUCAAGUUUCUAUUCUGAACAUCACUCUGCAACCACUUAAUAUUUUCUGUGCAUCUUGAAAAUACCUGAUUCCAUUCACUCCGGCUUUGUUUUCACCAUAUUUUAUAGUGUAAAGACACAUUAGAUGUUUCUUAAUCACAAGAACUCUUCAUCUCAAGUAAAUUUGUUAGGACGGAAAUUUUGUAAACCAGAUUUUUGCAGUUCAGUAUGUAUAUCUUAAUUAAAUAACAGGGAAAAAAGAG